AGUUGCUGGAGCAGCCAUGCCAGCUCAGACACUGUUCGUCCGCUCGCUGCCGGCGUCAGCCUCGAACGAACACCUGGAGGAGAUUUUCUCCGAGGUCGGUCCCGUCAAGCAGUGCUUCGUGGUCAGGGAGAAAGGCACAGAAACAUGUCGGGGAUUUGGCUACGUCACAUACGCCAUGGAGGAGGAUGCGCAGCGAGCGUUGAAAGAAGUAAAAGAUUACGACGGCAAGAGACUAUCCAUUUCUGUGGCAAGAAGAAAUUGAAGGACAAGAAGAAAUCAGCGUCAACAAAGCCAGAUGCAGCAGGGGUCCAAGCGGGGUCACCGCCUUCCCAAGAAACUGAGCAGAAAGUUAAAACGAUCAGGAAAAACACUCUGAAAGCCAGACUCAUCAUUAGGAACCUUAGUUUUAAGUGCUCUGAAAAGGAUCUGAUGGAGGUUUUUGGCAAGUUUGGAGAAGUGCUUGAAGCUAAAAUACCCCUCAAACCCGAUGGCAAGAUGCGAGGCUUUGCGUUCGUCCAGUUCAAAAAUAUGUCGGGGGCAGCCAAAGGGCUUCAAGCCAUGAACCUGAAGGAGAUUAAAGGCCGCCAAGUGGCUGUCGACUGGGCCGUGCCGAAGGACAAGUACGUCGGCAUGCAGGUGACAUCCACCACAGAGACUGCGACGCGUGACGACGCUGCUGUGAAAAAAUCUGAGCCUCAGUCCGAUGGGGAAGAUGAGGACGAGGAAGAGAGUCAAGUUUCCAACAAGGUCGGACCCAAAAAAUGUGCACCAGCGAAGAAGGAGUUGAUGUCAGAUGAUGGUAAUGAUGAUGACGACGAUGAUGAUGAUGAUGAAGAAGAAGAAGAAGACAGCGAUGAAGAGGAGUAUGAAAAAGAUGACCUGUCCCAAGAGGGCGAAAAUGAUGAUGCUAGCCUUGGUACAGCCGAUGAGGAGGAGGAUGAUGAUGAUGAUGAGGAGGAGGAGGAGGAGCAUGGUGAUGGCGACCAAUCAGCUCAAAAGAAGCCAAAAAAGUUGCUCCCUUCAGACGUGAACGAAGGAAGAACAAUAUUCAUCAGAAAUCUGUCAUUUGACACAGACGAAGAAGGACUUGAGGAAGUGCUCCUACAGUACGGAGAGCUGAAAUACAUCAAGAUUGUUUUUCAUUCAGACACGGGACAUUCGAAAGGUUGCGCCUUUGCGCAGUUUAAAGCCAAAGAAGCGGCGGACAAGUGCAUCGCCGCCGCGGAGGACGCAGCGGAGGCCGGCGGAAUCCGAGUGGACGGGAGGAAGCUGCUGAUCGUGGCCGCCGUGAGUCGAGACGACGCGGUCAAGAUGAAGGUCAAUCGAGUCAAAGUGGAAACAGGCACCAGGAAUUUGUUUCUGGCCAGAGAAGGACUGAUCCGUGCCGGAAGCAAGGCGGCAGAGGGUGUGUCUGAAGCGGACAUGAUCAAGAGAACCAGAUUUGAAGAGAUGAAAAGGGCGAAACUUCGAGACAUCAACAUUUUUGUCUCCAAGCAUCGUCUGUGCGUGCACAACCUGCCAAAGUCCAUAGACGGCGUCAAGUUGCGGGCGCUCUGCCUCCGGGCACUCGGCGUCAAAAAAGUCCGGAUCCCAGAGUGUCGCAUCAUGUAUGACAAGAAGCCUGAGAGGGGUCAGGUGAUGGGUCAGUCCCUGGGCUACGGCUUCGUCAUGUUCACGGAGCACGAGCACGCUCUGACCACGCUGCGCUACCUCAACAACAACCCUGACAUCUUUGGCGCUCACAAGAGGCCCAUCGUUGAGUUCUCGCUGGAGGAUUCCCGCAAACUCAAGAUCAAAGAAAUGCGACGGCAAAAGAGCAAAGAACAUAAUUUAAAACAGCGAGGUGGAAAAGGCAGUGUGACGCCUCAGAAGAGCAGAAAUUGGAAAGGAACUAACCAAGCUACUAACGCCAAGCCGAACCCGAGCCGGCACUGCGGCUUCCAGACCAAGCCCGAGGUGGAGCACGUAGACCUGGAGAACGGAAAGAAGCGGAGGAAGGUGCUGGCCUUGCCGUCCCACCGAGGGCCCAAGAUCAGAAUGCGUGACAAAGGGAAGCAGAAGGCUCCGCCCCCCAGGAAAGCGCAGCGUGGAGGAAGCAGGAGAGAGCGUCAAGCGCGGCAAAUGGCGAAGCCCACACAGACAAGAAACCAGAACAACAAAGGAGCGACGAGGCAUUCAAGGAGGCGGGACACCGAUCGUUUUGACAGCCUUGUGGCGCAGUACAAAAGAAAACUUCUCUCCAGGUGUGAGAAAAACUCCAGCGUGAAAAAAAGCAAGUGGUUUGAUAACUAAACUUGCGUGUAUAUGGACAUUGAGAAUCCUUCCCAAGACUGAUUCAUUGGUUCGCUGUCAUAUUUGUACACCGUUAUUUGUAGAAAUCCCUCUGUGAGACUAUUUUAGCAACCUCCCCACCCACACAAAGAACUGUUCUUACAUCGAGUCUGUCUUUAUUAAAAUUAUGAAAUUAAUUGGCUUUACUUGCAUCUACUCAAUGUGACGGUUUGACUUUUGUUGCGCGAUCGACUGGCAAUUUCGGUCGAUAGCGACGGCGUGCCAAGGAAAAAAAAGACAUCAGCCAUUUUUUUUUUUUUUUACUUUAGCUCACCGCGCACGUGCAAACGACGACAGGACAAGAAAACACGCUAGUCGGCGAGUUCCCCCAUAUUUUAAGCUCUCGGUUAAGAAAUCUCAAACGUGUAUGGAUGCUGCAAUAAAGAAGACAAAAAUGUAUCACUUUCGUACAGAAUGUGAGACGGACUUUUUUUUCCCCCCACGAUGUCAUUUUCGAAGUGCGUUUGCCCCGCGGAGCGGCAUCUUCGAACCGUUUAUGGAAAAUAAGACGCCGACAUUCCGCCGAAAAGCAAGCUGAGAAUGAGAACGAUACACAACAUAGUUCACCACCGAAAGCCGCCACCGAAGCAUCGUUUCCGAGUUCGUCACAUCACACAUAAAGACCCGUAGCUGACUUGUUGUUCUGAUCUUUUAAAAAUAAGGCGGAAAUAUUAUCUUCAUUAUUAUUUUCAUUCGUGUUGUGUUUGGUGGUCGUCAACGUGAACUCAGAUAGAUACAAAAAAUGUUUAUGGUUCACUAUGUUGUGUUGUGCAAUAUUGCCUCAUGCGGUUAUGCAAGGCACACAAACAUAGAUUUACACACAAAGAAUCCUCAAUAUACUUUUCAAAUAAAUAUGUUUUUGCAUUUAUGCAGUGGGUAGAUCUUUGUGACUUGGUCACUCUAUUUA